GGAAACGGCCUGUUCACACAAACCAGCAUAGCAGCAUCCUAUAUAAGCAGCAAGCCUGUUCAUCAGAAUUUCUGUCAGUGAAAAAUCAACUCGAAAAAAAAAGCCAUCAUCCACACGAGCAAAUCAAAUGGCUCCUGCUUCCUCCUCCCAGCCAUGGCCUUUACUCCUCCUGUUCAUCGUCUUGGUCUCGUGCUGCAGCCAGAUCUCCGCCGGCGUUGACCCAACCCUCGGCUUCAUCGCCGUCAACCUCACCGAGGACCGGUUCAAGCUGGACCACCCGUACGACCUGCCGCCGGAGCAGCGCUACGAGUUCCUCGCCGGCGUGCGGCGGAUGUGGGUGUACUCCACCGACAAGCCCUUGAGCUCCGGCAGCCCCACCAGGCCACGCUCCGAGAUCUUCCUAAACGCGAAGUACACGACGGGGGUGUGGCAGUUCGAGGGCUACGGGUACGUGCCGGCGGGGACCUCCGGCGUGUCGGUGAUGCAGGUGUUCGGCGCGUCGGGGAGGAACACGACGCUGAUGCUGCACGUCUACGGCGGCCGGCUCAUGUACUACCACGACGAGGCGCGCGUCGUGGACGCCGACAUCUACGACCGCUGGUUCAGGCUCAACGUGGUGCACGACGUCGGCGCGGAGGUGCUCACCGUGUUCGUCGACGGCGAGGAGCGGCUCGCCGUCGCCGGACACGGCGGGUACCGCCACUACUUCAAGUUCGGGGUGUACACGCAGACGAACGCCUCGUACUAUAUGGAGUCCCGGUGGAGGGACGUCAAGGUCUACACCAAGCUCGGUUGAGGUUCAGGCUGAAGAAUCAGAGGUCAAAUCAGUGAAUCUGAAUAAAAGAUUUGGGUUGGAUGUAGACAUCAGUUGUUUAUUUAUAUAUUUUCCUGACUUAUCUUCAGCAAUGUCGAUCGCUGAAACUAUGUAAUAAUGUAAACGCUGUAUGUGAAGGCGCAGAAGCGGAAAGUCUCUUCCAUUUUCUAAAAUAGUUAGUCUGUUCGCUUGAGAUCGCAUUUGAGAUUAUCUGACAAAUUUACCAGCUACUGAGCAGUGUUUUUUUUUUCAUAACAAAUCAGCGAAUAAUACUUUUAGCCAUGAUUUUUCAGCCAAGGACAUCUAACUGCAAGCCUGCAACGGCAACAUCUGCAUUUGGAAGAACAGGUUUAAAAUGUCAUCAGGCAAUACAUGGGAUGGGUACGAAUUACAGAAACGAUCUAGCUGUGCCCUGAGUCCUGAGAGAAGUACUGUAUGUAGUAAGUACAGUUCUUAGUACACCGAUCAACUGUUGCUGUUGGACCAAAAUUAGUACAGUAACGUUUUCAAUUAAUUAACAGAAGAAGAAGACAAA